CAACAGGGGAACGACGGAGAAAGCGAGGAAGAGAGACGUCGAUUGGAAAGGGGAGGAGGGGGAGAGGGGAAUUGCUUUGCGGUACACCCGUGCGUAAAUGUGACCAUCCUCGCCGUGGUCUCUCCAUUCCUCCGAUCCCUCCGAUCCCUCCGACCCCUCGGUCCUCUCCCCUCCAGCAUCCGGGCGGGAUCACCUGCGCGGUGGUCCGUGGUCAGCGUUGGACCGUGGAGUCCCGGGUGAAUCGGCUCGGCGCCCUCCUCCAGGGGUUGGGAGGAGCGCCGGGGACCUCGUCCAGGUUUCUGCCGGGCUUCGUGACCCCGGCGGCCGAGAGCCAAGGCUCCGAGCGGCGCGAGAGACGCGGCUCGACCCGCUCUCGGAGGCCGGCGAUGAGGGGUCUGAUCGCGCCGCAGAACACCUUCUUGGACACCAUCGCUACUCGUUUCGACGGGACCCACAGUAACUUCGUCCUGGGGAACGCUCAGGUCCAGUCCGUCUAUCCCAUCGUCUACUGCUCCGAUGGCUUCUGCGAGCUGACCGGCUUCGCCCGUGGCGAGCUCAUGCAGAAGAGCAGCAUGUGUCACUUCCUCUGCGGCAGCGAGACCAGCGAUCCCCUCACCUCGCAGAUGCAGAAAGCUCUGGAUGAACGUCGGGAGUUUAAGACCGAGAUCAUUCUGUACAAGAAGAGCGGUUCCAAGUUCUGGUGUCUGUUGGACAUUGUGCCCAUAAAGAACGAGAAGGGCGAGGUGGUUCUGUUCCUGGUGUCACACAAGGACAUCACGGAAAAAAAGGACCAGGACCAUGCCAAUGAAUCUGAGACGGGUGAGAGGAAAAAUGUGGAAACAGGCCUGGAGAUCCAUCAGGUCAGCCGUCCACCAGGCCUGAAUAUGGAGCGCCGCCGCAGUCGCGCCGUCCUCUACCAGCUCUCUGGACACCUCCAGAAACAAGACAAAACCAAGAGCAAGCUGAAGAUCAACAAUAGUGUUCUCGGAGCCAAUGCCAACCCGGUCCCAGAGUACAAGGUGGCGGACGUUCAGAAGUCUCGCCUCAUCCUCCUCCACUACGGUGCGUUCAAGGCCGGCUGGGAUUGGCUGAUCUUGUUGGCCACCUUCUACGUGGCCGUCACCGUUCCCUACAACGUCUGCUUCACGGCGGUGGAGAUACGAGAGGACGGCCCAUCGGCCGCUCGUCACCCUCCGAGUGUCAGCGAUAUCUUGGUGGAGAUACUUUUCAUCAUCGAUAUCGCGCUGAACUUCCGCACCACCUUCGUGAGCACAUCUGGCCAGGUGGUGUACGACGCCCGCAGCAUCUGCAUUCACUACGUCACCUCCUGGCUGUUUGUGGAUCUGAUUGCCGCCUUGCCCUUUGACCUGCUCUACGCCUUCAAUAUCAGUGUGAACUUUGGGGUUCACCUGCUGAAGACUGUGCGCCUGCUCCGUCUGCUGCGCCUCCUACAGAAGCUGGACCGCUACUCCCAGUACAGCGCCGUGGUCCUCACGCUGCUCAUGUCCACGUUCGCCCUGCUCGGCCAUUGGAUGGCCUGCGUCUGGUACUUCAUCGGACGCAGUGAGAUCGAGAGCAACAGCCCCGCCACCUGGGACAUAGGCUGGCUCCACGAACUGGCCAAACGCCUGGGAACGCCGUACUUCCUGGCACCGCUGACCUCCCUGUUGGGAGUCCCCGAUUCGCCUCAAGGCACCAUGGCGGCGGCGCUCACCAAUUACAGCCGGUGGAACGGCUCCGUGUUGGAGACGCUCAACGGGUCCGCCGGGCUGCCGGGCUCCGGCCAAGGGAACGGCAGCCGGGCCAGAGCGAGGACGGCCGGCGGCUCGGGGACGACGCUGAGCGGCGGUCCGUCCGUCAGGAGCUCCUACGUGACGUCGCUGUACUUUGCUCUGAGCAGUCUCACCAGCGUGGGCUUCGGCAACGUUUCAGCCAACACAGACGCCGAGAAGAUCUUCUCCAUCUGCACCAUGCUGAUCGGAGCUUUGAUGCAUGCUGUAGUAUUUGGAAAUGUGACCGCCAUCAUCCAGAGGAUGUACUCGCGCCGCUCCCUCUACCAAACCCGCACCAAGGACCUGAAGGACUUUAUCCGGGUGCACCGACUGCCCAAGGCCCUUGAGCAACGCAUGAUGGAGUGUUUCCAGACCACCUGGUCCGUCAACAACGGGAUCGAUGUCAGCGAGCUGCUGAAGGACUUUCCGGAUGAGCUGAGGGCCGACAUCGCCAUGCAUCUGAACAACGAGCUGCUGCAGCUGUCGCUGUUUGAGUCGGCCAGCAGGGGGUGUCUGCGCUCCCUCUCCCUCAUCAUCAAGACGUCCUUUUGCGCUCCCGGGGAGUUCCUCAUACGCCAGGGUGACGCCCUGCAGGCCAUCUACUUUGUGUGCUCUGGCUCCAUGGAAGUACUUAAGGACAACACUGUGCAGGCCAUUCUCGGUCGAGGUGACCUGAUUGGCUCCGACUGUCUGACCCAGGAGGAAGUGAUCAAGACCAACGCCUGUGUGAAGGCCCUGACCUACUGUGACCUCCAGUACAUCAGCCUCAAAGGCCUGCGCGAGGUGCUCGGCCUCUACCCCGACUACGCCCAGAAGUUCAUCACCGAGAUCCAGCACGACCUGACGUACAACCUCCGGGAGGGACACGACACCGAGGCGGACUGCGACAGCAACGGAGGGAUCGCCAAGAAGCUUGCCUCCAUCACGGAGGUGGAGGAGGGAUCGGGCUCCGAGGGGGAGCACUCCCCUCUGCCCAAGAUGCCUCCCCCGGGCCGCCUGGGCCGAGGCCUGCGCUCCCCGCUGCGCUCGCCCCUCCGCUCCCCGCUGCUGCCCCUGAGGGCCUUCAGAGCGGCGAGCGACCCCUCGCGGCCCGCCAGCCUGCAGAUCCCCGUGGUGCGCUUCAGCUGCCUGCAGCCGGACCUCAGCCCACGGUUUGUCGAUGGGAUCGAGACGGAGAACCAAAGUGGAUCAGCGCAGAAGUUUGAUUUCUCUCCCAGUGCAACGCACAGUUUCCUCCCCAGCCCUGAUUCAGGUGCAACAGCGGCCCGCGAGGAGGACGACACGAUGCAGACCAUCGCUAAGCUGAAACAUGAGAUGUGCGCCCUCUCCCAUCAGGUGACCGCCGUCAGUCAGGAGCUUCAGGAGAUGACUCGUCUUCUCAAGCCCCUCUUCCACAGCCCCUCCGUGCUGGCGAUGCCCAUGACUCCGCCCCCCAGCGUGUUGUCACAGAGCUGCCCCGCGGCCCCGCCCCUCCUCGCCCAGCGGGCGCCCGUGGACUGUCGGGGCGAUCGAUCCGUCCCGGUGCCCGGAGAGUUCGACGCGCCGCGGCGCCCCUCCUCCCGCCCCGUCGGCUCCCAUCGUCCUCUGGUUCUUGAUCCCGCCGGCGCCGCUGCACCCGUCUCCCAUCGCUCGGCUCCCCCGUCACUCAACAGCUCUCCCCACGAGUACACGGCCGCGCCACACCCGCCGCCGCCCUCCUCUUCCUCCUCCUCUUCCUCCAUCCCCUCUCUCUCCUCAUCGGGCCACCCGUCAUGCACCACUCCCCUUUUGGUGGACUUAUCAGAGCCUGAUAGCGAGCACCCUCCGGCCCGCCUCCACUUCCUGUCCCAGCCUGGGCUCAUAUCCCGGCCUCAUUCCGGCCUCCGGCCCUCCGGCGUGGCCUCGCAGCCCCGAGAACCCCACCUGGACCUGCAGCAGGUGGAGUGGGGGGAGCACACCGCCAAGCUUAGCUUCAUCAACGAAGGACAGCCCUCUGUGUGAGAAGGGACGAUCCGGACCGACCAGCAUGCCGCGCAACUUACUGCAUGACAAGCGUUUGUCCGAAGGUCGGCACACAAGAUGAAGAUGUAAAUAGGUCAAUUUUAAACGUGUCAUGGAUCAUGAUCGUGAGCAUCAGCUGUUCUGAAAAUAAAAUAGUUUGUUUUACAGUUUCAUUUUUAUUUGAUUGAUAAUAAACUCCUUUUUAGAGCUGAUUAUAUAAACAAAUCAUGCAGGAAGUUCCACUACUUCACCAUUUGAGAGAGAGAGAGGG